GGCUAUGGCAUCGGCAUGGGACUUUUGUUUUUGUUGACUCGUUGUUGAGCUGCUGAAGAGCAAGAGAGAGUGCGCGUUAUUGUAAAAUACAGGCGUCCGUCCACACUUCCAAAAAGUUAACCUCAAAAUUGGAUUUGAAUCAUUCAACUAGUCCUACCGGAUUGUUUACGCAACGUCUAUCGCCUUGGGAAAUGUACUCAUAAAAAUUUGUCAUUGAUUGAGUUACGAUUUAUACAGUUAAUAGGCCUAAGUAAUUGAUUCUAGCUAGGCCUAUGUAGCCUAAUAUCGCUUUACAUUGGUGCUAUUUCUAGCCAGUCUCUGAUAUAAGGAAUCAUAAAAGUAUGCUGAAUAUGUGUUUAACAUUGAAGGAAAAAACUUGCUUCUAACCUAGACUUGAAGUUAACUAUGAAUGGAGAAAAAGAAAUAAUAAAUUUGGCAGAAGAUACGGACAGUGCCGCAGAGUCUGAUGAUGUUGAAUACGUGGGAGUAAGCGUAUCCAGAGUGCAGAGUUCUCGGAGAAGAGCCUCUACAAAUUCCGACGUCUUGAUCAUCGAAGAUGAAGAACCUGAUGAGCCUCCCGUUCCUCAAGUGGCUUGCCACUUCUUCUUCCCUGCCGAAGAGAAUGUGGCUGAAGACAGAGUGGAAGAAGCCAUUUCUGAUCCCCUAGCUCCUGUCCCAGAAUGGGUGGACUGCUCCACACUCAACUCAGAACAGGAGCCUAUGGAAGAUGAGAUAGAAGCUCCUAAUGGCUUGGCUUUAACCAAUGUCAUUUCAUUGGCCUAUAAUGACCCAUUACUAUCAGCUGGACAUAUAAAGACUGAACCACACGAAGAAGCUGAUAUUAAACCUUCGUUGCAAGAGCUUUCUGAAAUGGUUCCUGCAAGACUUCCAGUAGAAAAGUAUGGUUGUGGGGAGAGACAAAAAAUACUCCCAGAAGAACAAAUUAAAAAAGAAUGUGUUAGCAACGAUACUCCGAAUAGUAAAAUACUGGUUCAAAGAAAUCCUCACGAUUCUGUUUCAAUACCUAUAGAUAAAUUGAUAAACAGAGUGAAGAUUGGUCCUAAAUCUGCAAUGUUCAGAAAAGAAGAGAAGGAAGUGGAAAACAAAAAUAAAAAUGAACAUACUAUUCAAAAUAAAAAUUCAGAACCAAAGCUGGAAAGUAGAGCUAAGAUUGAUCUUAAAUAUUUAAAUGAAAACAAAACUGUUGUCCAGGAAAAUAAAAAUUUAAAACAAAAAUUGGAACAAAGAGUAAAGCUUGGUCCAAAAUGUGCCAAGUUCAGACAACAAGUGGAAAAAAUUGAAACCCAAAACAUUGUCCAAGAAGAUACAAGUUUAAAAACAACACCUUCAAAUAGAACUCAACCUAGGAAAAAAGUUGGUCCUAAAUGUGCCAAGUUCAGACAACAAGUGGAAAAAAUGGAAAACCCAAAUAAAAUUGAAAACAUUUUCCAAGAAGACAAAAGUUUAAAAACAACACAUUCAAAUAGAACUCAACUUUCAACAAAAGUUGGACCUAAAUGUACCAAGUUCAGACAACAAGUGGAAAAAAUGAAAAACCCAAAUAAAACUGAAAACAUUGUCCAAGAAGAUAAAAGUUUAAAAACAACACCUUCAAAUAGAACUCAACUUUGGACAAGACUUCCUGGACCUAAGUGUGCCAAGUUUAGGCAAACAACAGAGCCUCAUAUGAAAGAUCAAAUUGAAAAAAAUCUCUUAAAAGACACUGGAAAAGAUAUUUUUUCUUCUAUUAGACCAGCUAUUGUAAGCAUUGGCCCGAGGUUGCCUCUUCCUCAGUGUUUCCAAAAGAAUCAAAAGAAGGAGCUAUCACUGGAUUCCCUGCAAGAGGGUGGAGAAGAUAGAAAAGAUGAUACCAUGGACAAAGACCAUAUUGUUCUGAAAAUCUACACGUGUUUUAAAUGUAACCAUAAAUGCACAGAUCCCUUGUUUCACGAAGAACAUUUGAACUAUUGCGCUACCAAACGGCACAGCAAAUCUUUAAAUUUCUCCCUGCAACCAUGUAAGAAAAUUAAUGGUUUUUAUAGGUGUGGGAUUUGUUUAUUCAAAUUCCAAAACCGGGAAAAUUUAUGUAAUCACCUAAAUCUACAUGAAGUAAAAGGGUUUAUUUGUCAUAUUUGCCAACUUAACUUUCUUACUCUGAAUGAGCUAAGUCAACACACAGUAUCAGCCCACAAACAUCUGGAGAAAGUGUUCUCAUGCAAUAUAUGUGACUAUUCUUCACAGGAUCUUCAUUAUAUCAAAGAACAUAUUACCAGGCAUAAUAAUGAUUAUCAUUUAUACUGUCCUUCAUGUAGAAUGAAUUGUGAAGAUACAGAAGCUAUUGAACAACACCGGAGAGAGUUUCACCACAAAAGGAACAGCAUGAAAAAUGGAGGAACAAAAGAAAAUAAACAGGUUGAAAAUAAAAGUGUAGCAAAUUCUUUAAGAAGCAAAAAAUCUGCAUUAACCUCAUCUGAAGAAGAAGAAGAGACGAACCAGGCUACUAUUCCUUGUGAUGCCAGAAUUGUACUUCAUGAAACACAUUCUAGUACAAAUUCAAGUGAUACCAUAGAAACUAAGACUGCUAUAAAGAAGUUUGAAGAACAGAUCAUACAGAAAGAUGGGAAAUAUUGUUGUAAUGGUUGUGAUUAUACAUUUAUACAUUUAAAAAAUCUUCAGAUACAUAAGAAGUAUCAUCUUCAGCACAAGCCUUUCAGUUGCUGCAAUAAUUUGUUUGUGUCAUUUUCUUAUUUAGAUUAUUGUGAGCAUAUGAGGAAAACUCAUGGAAAGUCAUUACUUAAGUGUAGUUCUUGUCCACUUACCUCUUAUUCCCCUUCUAAUCUUGGAAGACACAUGGUCAAGCAUGUCAAAGACGACCUGUAUUGCUUUGCCUGUAAAGUCAAUUCAGAAGAUUUUAGUGCCUUUGAAUUGCACAUAUCCAAAGGUCACCGCCACAAUUUUUCCAGAGCUAAAUAUUCCUGUAAUGAAUGUUCUUUUAUCACUCAUUUUAAAUUAGUCUUUAAAAGGCAUGUACAGAGACAUUAUAGAGACAGAAAUCAUUCCAAUGAUAAUCAAAAGUAUGACAAAUCAGGUAUAGAGCAGGAGGAAGUAAACAGCGUUGAAAGAAAAAAGGUUGAGAGAAGCUUUAGGAUCAGUGUGGAUAGUGGUGUUGACCAGUCUUGUGGUAAAUUGAAGUCCGACGUGAACACAGACCUGACCUGGGAAGACACUGCAGCUUUGAAGGAACCUGUCAAGAACAUGCAUGAUCAUCAUCAACUGGCGCAAAGAGAGAGUGAUACAAGUAUCAGGACUGAAGAGUUCAGGUGUCACAAAUGCAAUUUCAAAUGUGCACAGUCUACUGAUUUUGUCCAACAUUUAAGAAGUAGUCAUCCAAGACGAAAGUUUACAUGUAAUGUGUGCAAGACUGAGUUCAGAUAUUUAAUACAUUAUCUGAAACAUAUGCAGAAUCAUGCUGCUUGUGCUGUUAUUUAUUUGUGCAAUGAAUGCAAGUUUUCAAGUAAAAAGCGUCUAAUAUUCGCAAAGCACAUGAGAAGUCACACUUUUAAAUGCUGUCCACUGUGUGACUACAAAACUAAGGAGUUUCAUAGGUUAAAAAACCACCUUGAGAACAUACAUACAAAUGAAAAAAAUGAAUAUCCUUCACACUUGAAUGAUGACGUUCAGAAUCUCAUGAAUCACCGUACUUCAGAAACCGAAAUGAAUCUCUCAAAAACUGAUGAUUCCACAUUUACAAAUAAUUCAGAAAUUGUUCACUCUUGCUGUUUUUGCUCUUUCAAAACCAACGAAAUAGACAGUUUGAGGGGGCACAUGGCAGUGCACUUCACCAAUGAUUCUGGUUCUUCCAAAAACAAUGAAGAAUCAAAUAGCAAAGUUUCAAAGCCCAGUUUAACUUUGAAAGGAUUAAAAUCCAAAUAUUUGGCUACAAAAACAGCCAAGAACCGUCCGGUUGAGAGAUCUAUACAAGUUGGUGUGAAUGGUCUCAUUCCAUUGUAUUGUUGUACUCUUUGUGGAGACUUUAAAAGUAAAUGUCGCAGAAGUGUUGCCUUUCACAUUUUAAAGGUACACCGUAGACAAGGAGGGGUCAGAAAUAAUACAAUCCGAAGGAUUUUGGUGAAACCGUCAGUUACAGUUAAGACAAACCGUCCAAAAACUUCACAAAAACCAAAACAGGAAAGCAACGCAAGACCAACAGGGAAUAAUAAUAAAGUUUUGCAUGUUUCAAAUCAAAGUGUAAGUGCUACAGAUGGCCCUGUGCAGUCAGAGCAGAUUGGAGCUUUAGACGCAGAAGUAAUCAUGCUUAAACCAAAAAAGAGUAAAUCUGAACAAUCAACAUCAAAUUUACCUAUAAAGUGCAAAUCCUGCGACCUAAAAAAACUAUCCCAUCCUGCCCAGAAGCAACAUCUGAAAUUCGGCCACUCAGGAUUUUGGCAAAAACCAUUUCCUUGCAAGAUUUGUGCUUGUCGUUUUAAAACUAAGAAAUCUUAUGAACACCACCUGAAAUGGAAACACGCAAUAACGAAAGAAGCUCAAGAACACAUCAAAACCUCAUGUACCCCUCUAAGCAAUAGUGGCAACUUUCUAAAACAAAACUCAGCUGGAUUGAGAAAGUAUUUCCCGAAAGUGAUUGUUAAAUGCUUACAGUGUAAUAUUGAAACAUUCCCAGUGGCUGCUCAACGUCAGCAUUUGAAAAAUGGGCACGAUGUAUUUUGGGACAAGCCUUUUGGUUGUGAUAUUUGUAAAAUGCGCUCUACGAACCAAGGGGGCCUAUCGAGGCACAAAUUAGUUCACACACAAUUCACUAGUAAGAAGAAAGAGGAACUGGACAGCAAAGAAGAAGCGACUCUAAGAAAACAUUCUAAAUUAACUAAGAAUACCAAAGUUAGUAAGGGAGGUGUCAACUCAGACGAGGAACAAUACAUGUGUGGUGAAUGUGACUUUGCCACAGCAAGUGUCAUUGAGUUUAGUACCCACAUGUUCAUCCAUACAGGAAUACCGGACGACUAGUCUGCAGCAUCACCACUCUCAGUUUUGUGUUACCUUCAACUAUUUAUACAUGGUGUCACAGAGAAGUAAGGUACAGAGGAUUCUUAUAAGAUGACCCUGUGCUUAUAGCUCACAGGACAAUAUACUUGUUGUGAGCAAAGGGAAUUACUGUUACUUUGCAACAAUAGUCAGGAAGUCUCCUUAGCUCUUCAGGGGUACAGUUUCGCAGAGAACCUGAGAUAUAAAAUUGGAUGAUAUAUUACUAUUAGUUCAAUAGUUAGGCCUAUAUUGUAUUGGAUAUAGUUUUCAUGCAAUUUGAUUACCGAUUGUAUAUUUUUCAAGACGUUUUAGUUUCUACACACUGUGCUGUGGCGGUUUGGUGAGUUUAGUUCAGUUUGGCUUAGCGUAUGAAGGCAACAAUUAUAAAACAAAAGUUUAUAUUUAAUGUGCAAUAUUUUGUUAAAGAGAUAAAUUUAUAAAGACGUCAAUUUGCAUUGGUACCAUCCUCUUUUUUCACUAGUUUGAUAAACUAAACGAAACGAACCUAUCCAAACCAACAGCAAAUCGCUGUAAAAAUGAUCCGUUGUUACUCUACCAAAAUAUAGACCCAUAAAAGAAAACCUACUGUAUUUAAAUUCACUAUUUCAUAUCAAUUUAACUAUUUUCAUUGAUAUUUUUAUUAAACUACACAUUUUUAUGUGAUAGUAGGCUUAGUUGAUAGGUUAUGUGUGUUAGGUAAUAGGUUCUCUGUGGAAAUACCCCCCUUUUUGGUAAUAGGUUAAUUUUUUCACUCGCUCGUUUUAGCAGUUCUCUGACAAUGUAAUAGUGGUUUAUGCUACAAUCAUGUAAAGAUAGUGUUAACGACACAAGUAGAAAAUUUCAGGUACGACACUACGAGCCUUAAAAAAGUGGGGUGCCUUAAAAACUUCUACAAAGGUUGUUAACACUAUUUACGCUAGUUGGGUACACUACUUUAGUUACGACCAGUUUUUAAUUACUAAUAAUCACUAUUCAACACUUCCAGGAGAGGUUAUGUUUUCGUUUAUAACCUCUCAUUGCCAUUGACAUUGAUGCAACGACUCAUUGUAGGCCUACCAAUUACUAAUUGCACCUAUCGUUAACAAUUAAAUUGGUAAACAGCUGAUUAAGUUUGAAGCAUUACAAUUUACUUCUCUCUCAAUCCUUAAUCCUCAUUGGUCUGUUACCCAUGUUGUUAAGUAAAACUAUGCUGUUAUGUAAGUAAACAAUGCUGUUAUAUGAAACUUUUUAAUUCUAGGAUCUGAACUGAAACGGCUAAGCCUACUUAAAAACGGCCGUAGGUAAAAAACUAACUGUAUUAUCAAGGUAGGCUACUAUAUUAUUUUGCAAUGCUCGCCAUUAAUAGGAAGAUAUAUGACCAACCUUAUUUCACUUGCUUGGUCCAAUAGUUCAAACUAAAUAAAAAAGUAAUUAUAGGCCUAUCCUCAAAAAUUUAUUACCAAAGUACUAUUUAAUUUAUGUUCUCUGUUAAUGGAAGACAUGAUCGUUUGCUUGGUUAAACAGUUCAGAUGACAAUACUAAAAUAAUACGAUAUCCUUCAGUAAUAUAUUUGGAUAGGUGGUGCUCCCGUAUUAUGUUAAAUAACGCCCACCUCUAGUGCAAGCGGCAAGCGCUGUGUGGACUUUCCUACCUCACAGAGCACAGGGUCUUCCUCCACCAUGAGCGGUUUAGUACAAAACAUGAUGGCGGAGGGGUUAGGAGAAUAGAGUAGGACACUGACAUUAUGUCUCUUCUGUAGCUUACUUCUCUGUGAUUAUCUGGGUGGCAGGUAAGAUGUAUGCAAGUUGUAUGUUUACCUAAGUAUUCAAGUAAAAUUCACUAAAUAAAAUUGUAUAUACUAUGUUUGAAAUUGUAUUUAACCUUUUUUACUAUUUAUUUAUAAGUGGUUGGAAUUCAGCAUUCAAUAAGUGUUUUUUUUUUGUUUUUUGGUUAAUGACCUGCGUGCAUUGUAUAUGCAUGGUAAAAUCUAAAUUUAAUUGAUUUAUUGCAUUUUAUUGACUACAUUUACAACCUUCCAUAUUGUUUGAUUGUUUUAAGCAACUGUAACUUGCGUAUUGUUGAGAAUUACUAAUACUUUAUAAAACCAGCCACAUUGUAUUUUAUGCAUUAUUUUGAGUAAUUAUGAAAUGUAAAUAGUUUUAUUUUUAAUGGUAUAUACCUACUUGAAGAACUGAUCUAUCCAUUAUUUGCUGUUUGUAUCCAUUAUUCAAAUAACAAACUUUUGUACAAGGUUUU